AUGGGACAGACUAUGUCUCCGCCAACUAAGGUUUACUGGCCAGGAAAAACUAGGGUCUGGCUGACAGCCGAGUUCAACCUCGAUCUGCUCGGAGAGAUCCGAACCAGGACAUGGACUCUCGAGGAGGUGUUCAAGUUCGUGGAGGCCAAGGAGGCAGGCAACGCGAUCGGCCAACAGACUUUUUGCACCCUGGGCUCUGGCCUCCAGGCCCAUUUGCUUGCCAUUGCACAGUUACGAAGCUCCAUAGCCAUCUGCUUUCUGACUCCACUCCACUGUCUCCAGGAACAAUGCCAGGUUGGAGAGAUAUUUACAGCUGCAGGUGCAGCAUUCAGCAAGCUUGGCGAGUUGACCAUGCAGCUGCAUGCUGCCGGUGAGCCUGCCCCUGCCAGUGGCAAGUGGACUGAUGGUGAAGUUGAAAUGUUAAAGGAUGCUGUUAAGAAAUUUGGAGAUGAUUUGCACAAAAUCAGUGAUGUUAUUAAAACCAGAACUAUAUCUCAGAUCAGAGGUGCUAUUCGACGGAAAUGUCAAGAAGACUACGGACCAACUGUGAAGCAGAGGAAGAGGGAAUCGACUGGAACUGCAGCGGCUUCCCCAGUUGAAGCUGCUCAGGCAACGGCGAGUAGUAUGCUGGCAGCUGCUGCGAGGGCUGAUGAGAAGGCUGCGGCGGCCGCAGCGACGGUGACGGUACAAACGACGGUGGCGCAAGUGGCGACGGUGUCGUCAUCGGCGGUGCCUGGAAAGUCUCUCAUACAGCCCGUGCGCGUCGUCACUUAUCCAGCCGGCGGCAUUACAGCCAUCAGACUGCAGCACAGCGGCGCGGUGGCGCCACUGACGGCGGUGAAACUCGGCCAGCUGCAGGUGCCCGGCAUCAAGAUUGAGCAGCGCGCCCUGCAGCCGUCGACGCAGGUUGAGCAGCGCCCCCUGCAGCCGUCGACGCAGGUUGUACAGGUGCCACAGGUGCGCAGCACCAAGGUCGAGGACGUCUCCUAAUGGCGCGUCGCCGGCCUCAUAUCUCACGUCGCGACGCGCUUUCUCGUUUUUACGCGUAGGCCGAGUGACGCGUCGGCGCGCACGUGAUAUCAAGCCUCGUAGCAGAGCACUACGCUGCUUACCAUUUGAGAUGUGAAGAACGUGGCGGGGUUGGGGGGUGGGGGGUGGAAUCCCACGUCUAGGGUGUACUCUGUCUAUGCCUCGUGAAAGGGAACAGGUUUCAGGUCAGGUGAGUUGAGCUGGUAAAUGUGAAUCUGUGCGGUAGAUGUACGUCCACUGUGUGCGGAGUGGAAGUGGAUAUCAUCGUGAGUCUUGUGCAUCGCCGUUUACUGAUAUUUUUGUUAUUGUUCGCUUGCUGUGUGCUGAUAUCUAAUGGAAAAGAAAUUAUAACACCAGUGGUAAAACGUCAAUAAUGAAAAGUGAACUUGUCGAGAAUGUGGAAAAUUAGCUCAGUUUACCUGAUUUUACCAAUUCAGGUGCAAUCGUUGGUUUUAAAGGGAAAAAUACUUGGGUGCACUCCAUGAAUACACCAGUGCAAACAUGCAUGUAUGUUCUUACUCGUUUUAAUGGCCAUUUGGAAUGUACAUCUAUUUAUAGUAUGUUUAUAGUCUGCAUUUUAUUCACAUUCUGGAUUAAAAGUCGCCAUCUAAAGGUAAUUCUGUUGGCAUGUAUAGUACUGCCUUCUAUGGGUCAACACGUUUUCAAAUGUUAUCGUUUAAGACAUUAUUAUACACGUCUGGAAUUUGCUAAUCCGGCCUCGGGUGACCGUAAGUCACAUAGAGAAACUUCAUAAAUAUGUAAAUAUUAUCAUGUAAUAUGACGGAGUUGUGUAGGGGAUGUUAGAUUCCAUUAAAAUCUCUGUUAGAAGGCA